CUCCGAUGUCCGCCGGGUCCCGGUGUGGGGCCUCAGCCCCCUCGCAGCCCCCUUACUCGUGCCGGGAGUGCGGGAAGUGCUUCCGCUGGUCCUCCCGCCUGGCCCAUCACCAGCGCAGCCACACGGGCGAGCGGCCCUACAAGUGCCCCGAGUGCCCCAAAGCCUUCAAGGGCUCCUCUGCCCUCCUCUACCACCAGCGGGGCCACACCGGCGAGCGGCCCUACCCCUGCCCGCACUGCCCCAAGGCUUUCAAGCGCUCCUCCCUGCUCCAGACCCACCAACGCGUCCAUACGGGGCUGCGCGCCUUCGAGUGCGCCCAAUGCGGCCUCACCUUCAAGUGGGCCUCCCAUUACCAGUACCACCAGCGGCAGCACACGGGUGAGCGGCCCUACCGCUGCGCCGAGUGCCCCAAGGCCUUCAAGAACUCCUCCAGCCUCCGGCGGCACCGGCAGCUGCACACGGGCGAGCGGCCCCACGCCUGCGGCGUCUGCGGCAAGGCCUUCGCGCAGCCCUCCAACCUGCGGCAGCACCAACGCGUGCACACGGGCGAGCGCCCCUACGCCUGCCCCCAGUGCCCCAAAACCUUCACGCACUCCUCCAACCUCCUCCUGCACCGCCGCGGCCACGCCGCGCCCGCCCGGCCCCACCAGUGCUCCCAGUGCCCCUCGCUCCAACCCCGCAUCCAGAACCACGCUGCGGCCCCACCGCCGCCGCCAAGCCCCGCCGCUGCCCCACAGCCCCCAUGGAGAUGCUCUUUGUGCCCGCUGAGCCUCAGCACCCACGAGGAGCUCCUGGGCCACCAAGGAGCCCACGGGGCGCCGGCGCCGCUGCCCCCUCUCCGCUGCCCCGCCUGCGCCAAGAGCUUCAAGAGCAGCGCGGCGCUGGCGCGGCACCGCCGCGGGCCCUACAAGUGCCCUAAAGCCUUGCCCCCGUUGACAACGGGGCUCUCGGGGCACCCCCAAGGCGGGGUGUCCGCCCCGGCGCCCACCUCCCCUCCGCUCCCGGAGCGCCCGUACCAGUGCCCCGAGUGCGGCAAAGCCUUCAAGGGCUCCUCGGGGCUGCGGUACCACCUGCGGGACCACACCGGCGAGCGGCCCUACCCCUGCCCGCACUGCCCCAAGGCUUUCAAGCGCUCCUCCCUGCUCCAGAUCCACCAACGGGUGCACACGGGGCUGCGCGCCUUCGAGUGCGCCCAAUGCGGCCUCACCUUCAAGUGGGCCUCCCAUUACCAGUACCACCAGCGGCAGCACACGGGCGAGCGGCCCUACCGCUGCGCCGAGUGCCCCAAGGCCUUCAAGAACUCGUCGAGCCUCCGGCGGCACCGGCAGCUGCACACGGGCGAGCGGCCCCACGCCUGCGGCGUCUGCGGCAAGGCCUUCGCGCAGCCCUCCAACCUGCGGCAGCACCAGCGCGUGCACACGGGCGAGCGCCCCUACGCCUGCCCCCAGUGCCCCAAAACCUUCACGCACUCCUCCAACCUCCGCCUCCACCGCCGUACCCACUCCGGCGCCCGGCCCCAUCGCUGCCCGCUCUGCGCCAAAGCCUUCGCCGUCGCCUCCUACCUGCAGCGGCACCUCCGCACCCAUGGCACCGCCGCCACCGCCGCCGUGCCCCGCGCCCAGCCUCAAACCGUCCUCCUCCUCCUGCAGGGGGGACCCCGAGGCCUCCGCCUCGUCCCCAGCCCCACGGAAGCCCCCCGCAACCUCCUGCUGCUGCCCGGCCCCACGGCCGUGCCCCGCGCCGUGCCCGUUGCCGCCCAGAGCAUCCUGGUGGUGCCGGGAGCGGGGCCGGUGGGGACCGGCGUCGUCGUGCUAAGGGGUGGCAUCGGGGGGGAGCUGCCCCCCGACGGCACCAAUGGGCAGCUCCAAGCCCUGGCUCAACCCUUGGAGGUGGCCAAUGGGCAGCUCCAAGCAUCCGAGGUGGCCAAUGGCCAGCUCCAGGCUCUUCCACAGGCCCCCAAGGUGGCCACCAUCCAGCUCCAAGCAUCCGAGGUGGCCAACGGCCAGCUCCAGGCUCUUCCACAGGCCCCCAAGGUGGCCACCAUCCAGCUCCAAGCAUCCGAGGUGGCCACCAUCCAGCUCCAAGCAUCCGAGGUGGCCAACGGCCAGCUCCAAGCUCUUCCACAGGCUCCCAAGGUGGCCACCAUCCAGCUCCAAGCAUCCGAGGUAGCCAAUGGCCAGCUCCAGGCUCUUCCACAGGCUCCCAAGGUGGCCACCAUCCAGCUCCAAGGCACUGAGGUGACCAAUGGCCAGCUCCAAGGCAUGGAGGUGCCAAGUGUCCAGCUCCAAGCCCUACCGCCGCCAUUGGAUGUCACCACCAUCCAGCUCCAAGCAUCCGAGGUGGCCAAUGGCCAGCUCCAGGCUCUUCCGCAGGCCCCCAGGGUGGCCACCAUCCAGCUCCAAGGCACAGAGGUGGCCAACGUCCAGCUCCAGGUCUUGCCACCACCAUUGGAUGUCACCAGUGUCCAGCUCCAAGCUCUUCCACAGGCCCCCAAGGUGGCCACCAUCCAGCUCCAAGCAUCUGAGGUGGCCAACGUCCACCUCCAAGGCCUACCACAGCCAUUGGAUGUCACCAGCAUCCAGCACCAAGCAUCCGAGGUGGCCAAUGGCCAGCUCCAGGUCUUGCCACCACCAUUGGAUGUCACCAGCGUCCAGCUCCAAGGCCCUGAGGUGGCCAAUGGCCAGCUCCAAUCUCUUCCACAGGCCCCCCAGGUGGCCACCAUCCAUCUCCAAGCAUCUGAGGUGGCCAACGUCCACCUCCAAGGCCUACCACAGCCAUUGGAUGUCACCAGUAUCCAGCUCCAAGGCCCUGAGGUGGCCACCAUCCAGCUCCAAGCAUCCGAGGUGGCCAACGUCCACCUCCGAGCCCUACCACAGCCAUUGGAUGUCACCAGUGUCCAGCUCCAGGCCUUGCCACCACCAUUGGAUGUCACCAGCGUCCAGCUCCAAGGCCCUGAGGUGGCCAAUGGCCAGCUCCAGGCUCUUCCACAGGCCCCCAAGGUGGCCACCAUCCAGCUCCAGGCCAUGGAGGUGGCCAAUGUCCAGCUCCAGAGCACAGAGGUGCCCGGUGGCCGUCUGGAAGCCACCGCGGUGCCCAAUGGCCUCCAGAGCCCCGAGGUGCCCGGGGUCCAAAUCCAAGUCACGGACGUGCCCGGUGGCCACCUCCAAGAGCCCGAGGAAGCCGGUGCCCAGCACCACGUGAUGGAGGUGCCCAGCAUCCAGCUGAAGACCAUUGAGGUGGCAAAGCUCAGCCUCCAGCCCCACGACGUGCCCAGUGCCGGUCACCAGGUGAUGGAGGUGCCCAGUGUCCAACUGAAGCCCAUGGAGGUGCCCAAUGUCCAACUGAAGCCCAUGGAGGUGCCCAGUGUCCAACUGAAGCCCAUGGAGGUGCCCAACAUCCAACUCAAGGCCAUUGAGAUGCCCAACAUCCAAGUAAAGGCCAUUGAGGUGCCCAAUGGCCAACUCAAGGCCAUUGAGGUGCCCAAUGCCCAACUCAAGACCAUUGAGGUACCCAACAUCCAACUGAAGCCCAUGGAGGUGCCCAAUGUCCAACUCAAGACCAUUGAGGUGCCCAACGUCCAACUGAAGCCCAUGGAGGUGCCCAACGUCCAACUGAAGCCCAUGGAGGUGCCCAAUGUCCAACUCAAGGCCAUUGAGGUGCCCAACACCCAACUCAAGCCCAUUGAGGUCCCCAGUGUCCAGCUCAAGGCCAUUGAGGUGCCCAGUGUCCAACUCAAGGCCAUUGAGGUACCCAACGUCCAAGUAAAGACCUUGGAGGUGCCCAACACCCAACUCAAGCCCAUGGAGAUGCCCAACGUCCAAGUAAAGACCUUGGAUGUGCCCAGUACCCAACUGAAGCCCAUUGAGGUACCCAACAUCCAACUGAAGACCAUUGAGGUACCCAAUGUCCAACUCAAGUCCUUGGAGAUGCCCAACAUCCAGCUCAAGCCCAUUGAGGUACCCAACGUCCAACUCAAGACCUUGGAGGUACCCAAUGCCCAACUCAGGCCCAUGGAGAUGCCCAACAUCCAAGUCAAGACCAUUGAGGUGCCCAGUGUCCAACUGACGACCUUGGAGGUACCCAAUGCCCAACUGAAGACAUUGGAGGUGCCCAACAUCCAACUCAAGCCCAUUGAGGUGCCCAGUGUCCAACUCAAGCCCAUUGAGGUGCCCAGUGUCCAACUCAAGCCCAUUGAGGUGCCCAAUGUCCAACUCAAGCCCAUUGAGGUACCCAAUGUCCAACUCAAGACUUUGGAGAUGCCCAACAUCCAACUCAAGGCCGUUGAGGUCCCCAGCGCCCAACUCAAGGCCAUGGAGAUGCCCAAUGCCCAACUCAAGACCAUUGAGGUGCCCAAUGUCCAACUGAAGACCAUGGAGAUGCCCAACACCCAACUCAAGGCCAUCGAGGUCCCCAAUGCCCAACUCAAGGCCAUUGAGGUACCCAACACCCAACUCAAGGCCAUUGAGGCGCCCAACGUCCAACUCAAGCCCAUUGAGGUGCCCAAUGUCCAACUGAAGACCAUUGAGGUACCCAACACCCAACUCAAGGCCAUUGAGGACCCCAAUGCCCAACUGAAGCCCAUGGAGGUGCCCCCGGCCCCCCCCGAGCUGCUCGUGGCUGGGUCCCCCCCGUCCCCCUCCCCACACGUGGCCCUGGGGGGCUCUGCCGUGGGGCUGCCCCCGGUGCUGCUGCUGUGUGGGGCCGGGGGGGGCCCUGCCCGGCUCCUCCUGCUCCGGGUGCAGCCCCAGGCCCCGGGGGGCACCGGGGGGGACGCGGGGGGCCCGGAGCUGCCCAAUGUGCCCCUGGUGCACACCUUCUGAUGGGGGCGCCACGGACCCCACAUGGACCCCCCAGGGACCCCCCCCAUGGACCCCCCCAUGGACCCC